GCACCGUCCCCUGUCGACCAAACGUGACAGCCUCAUGGACCUGGACCGCUUUUGACUUCGGCCCUCGGCCGACACUUUGACGGGAGGUAGACUUUUCCAAAUAAUGGAGCGCAAAUGAUAGAUUUCGGACUGUAGAGUACAGAGUAUGGGGUACGGGGUCCGGGGCGAAGUUGUCGCAUGGGUUGUUUUGGUGUCUGAUGGGAGGCCCUUCUUUAUGGGGAGUCUGCAAUACGUGGGCAUCCCAAAGAAUAUAUAAAUCACGCCAUGCCGCUCCCUCACACUCUCACAUUCUCUCAUUAUCACAUCAUCAUCUUCUCAUAACUUCGUCCCUACCUGGGGUUCUCACACAUUUGUUCUACACAACACCUCACGAGGCUGCAUUCAGCUAUAAUCGAGCAUGGCUGCUGAUUCUCAUGAUGCCGAUACAAAGGCGUCCGACGGAGAUGCUACCCACGUCGAUAGCAGCGCCGUAACGCGUCUGGCAGAGAAAAAAAACUCAGACUUCGCCGACCUCGUCGAGGAUGCUCAGUUGGGCACGGCCAAAGAACAACAGAUGUCAAUCAUGCAAGCCCUUAGGCUCUAUCCCAAGGCCAUUGGGUGGUCGGUUCUUUUGUCUACAGCCAUUAUCAUGGAAGGCUACGACGUCGUCUUAAUGGGAUCCUUCUUUGCCUUCCCUCCUUUCCAGGAGAAGUACGGUGUGCUGAACCCAGACGGCAGUUACGGACUCACAGCAGCAUGGCAAGCUGGUCUUUCAAAUGCCAUCAAUAUCGGACAAAUCCUCGGCUUAUUCGCAAACGGCAUUAUCUCAGAGCGUUUUGGUUACAGAAAGACAAUGAUAGGAUCAUUACUCCUCACAAUCGCAUUCAUCUUCGUUCUUUUCUUCGCACAGAACGUACAGACGCUCCUCGUGGGAGAGUUCCUCAUGGGAUUUCCCCUUGGUGUCUUCCAAACACUCACCGUCACUUAUGCUUCCGAGGUCUGCCCUGUUGUUCUACGGUGUUAUCUGACCACAUACGUCAAUCUGUGCUGGGUCAUUGGCCAGUUCAUUGCAUCUGGAGUACUAAAGGGACUCGUGGACAGGAAGGAUGAAUGGGCCUACCGGAUCCCCUUCGCUAUACAGUGGGUCUGGCCAAUCCCAAUUCUCGUGGGCGUGUUUCUCGCUCCCGAGAGCCCAUGGUGGCUAGUCCGCAAAGGCCGCGUCGAAGAGGCCAAGCAAUCUAUAUUACGAUUAACAGGCAAAAACGACCCAGAUUUCAAUGUCGAUGAGACGGUUGCCAUGAUCAUCCACACAAAUGAGCUCGAGAAGGAGAUUGCUGCAGGUACAUCUUAUGCGGACUGCUUUAAGGGCACAGAUCUUCGACGUACAGAAGUUGUUUGUCUCACAUGGGCGGCACAAAACCUCUCUGGGGCUGGUCUCAUGUCUUAUUCCACCUACUUCUAUGUGCAAGCUGGGCUUGCGACAUCAAACUCUUUCAGCAUGUCUCUUGGUCAAUACGGCCUCGGAAUGGUUGGGACGCUUUUCUCUUGGGUUCUAAUGACUUACUUUGGUCGUCGUACGCUCUACGUCGGAGGCUUAGCCUCACUUUGCGUGGUCCUCUUUAUAGUCGGCUUCGUCUCUCUUGCUGGCACUGAAAACGCUUCUGCGUCAUGGGCUACUGGCUCAAUGUUGCUGGUCUAUACCUUUGUAUACGACUCCACCGUCGGACCGGUAUGCUAUUCACUCGUUUCCGAACUUUCGUCCACUCGUCUUCGCACCAAGACCGUUGUCCUUGCAAGGAACACCUACAACAUGCUCAGCAUUGUCAACAACGUCAUAAUCCCUUACAUGCUCAACCCAACUGCCUGGAACUGGGCGGGCAAGGCUGGAUUUUUCUGGGGCAGUAUUUGCUUUACGGUUUUGAUCUGGUCCUUUUUCCGCCUCCCUGAGCCCAAAGGUCGCACCUAUGGCGAACUCGAUAUCCUGUUCGAAAGAAAAGUCGCCGCUCGGAAGUUCAAGGAUACUGCUGUUGAUCAGUUUCAAGGAGACUCUAAAGUCUUCGCAGAGAAGGCCAUACAUCUUGAGGAGGUUGAGAAAGCAUAGGGUCACUUCCGUCUCCAUUGGUCGGAGUAGAUCAAGGUACAAUAUGCACGGGAACUAGACUCUUUUGGAGUUACUGAAUAUAUAGUAGCGGUUACUCCUCAGAGGCUAAAACUGUCUAAUUUCAGAAUAAAAUUGUCUCGCAGUGUUGGAUGAUCUACGUACCUGCAAAUAUCAAAGUAGUUUAAUGUUAUUAGCGGA